CCAUCCUUUCUUUGCUUGGCUUCAGCCAGAUACUCUGUAACUUUCCUCCUAUGCGUAAAGUGCACUAAAUCGAACUCUAAUCUUCUUAAAGAGUUAAUGUGUCUCCCUAAAUGCCUAAUUUACUACCAGAGAGUGACUUAGGCACUGGGGAGAAUCUGGCUCAUUAUUUAAUAGCCAAUAAGGCCAGCUGUUUCAUUUCAAGAAAUUAAUGGUCUUUAAAACCUUUCCAUAUUGUACCAACUGCUCUUCUCGAUGGAGAGCCAAGUGACUUUUAUUAGGAAGGUUGAUAAAAUCCAAACCCUGUUAGUCCUGCUCUAGCCUUCUUCAUAAUACCACUAGAGUCUUCUGGGACAUCUGGUUAUUUUUGUUUUAUUCUCCCUGUUGAUUCUUUGAGAUAUUUUCUUUGUUGGGUUUUCUUUGGUUGCUCCCUUGGAGACUGCAAAAGGUGGUCUGACAGCUGCACUCCAUGGCCUGACGGCGUGACCCCCGGCCUUCUUGACUUCUUAAGUAAGAAUGCCUUUCAGCAUUAAGUCUAAUUUGGCUGAGACAGUGAGCAGCUUGUUACUUUCAGGUUAGCUCACUCCACCUUUAGCCACCUGAAAUUACUCAUAUGUAAAAAAAAAAAAAAAAAUUCCCAUUCAGAGGAUGUUUUAUGUAACCAUCUUUCUCUUAUUAAUAUCCCACCAUUAGGCAAAAAGGUCAAAAAAAGGCUAGAUGAGGCCACAAAUCCAUAUUAUGAGACAAAGAUGUAGCGGCCCUUAAAUCUGUAGCCAUUGAUCAGUGUUUGGUUUGAGGACUGGCUUUGGGGAGUAAGAAUGAAUAAAAUACAGCUGCCCCCACCAGCAGCUGGUGUCCCCAUUCUUUUCAGAUACAAACUAUUGCCAGUGGCACAUGAACAACUAUAUUAUAAUAUCCUACCUACAUUAAAUGGAUUAUUUGUCUAAAUUGUAUAUGGCAGGGUGGCUAUGGUCUAAUAUUCAUAUUUUACUUUCUUUACAUUCCCAGGGGUUUUAUGCCGCCAUAAUUUACAGCGGGUUGACAGAGCGCUUUUUGUUCUGCUGGAGGCUGCUGCCUGCUUACUCUCGUGAGCACUUCCUUUCCCUCUCUGCUUUCUGGGGCUGAGAACAGGAUGUUAUUUUUCAAAAGCUGGGAAGACAGCAAGCCCUUCUUUAGGUAGCGCUGGUGGACUCACAAGCCUGGCCUCUGAAACUCGCACAGGUUCUGUGUUCCCGGGUGCUGGUGGGAGUGGCGGCGGGGAGUGGGAGCGAGCACGCGGCCGAGCGUGUGAUGCCACUCAGCCUGCUUUCCAGGAUUUAUGUGCACGGAAGGUUUGUUCCCUUUAAAAGCAGACCUAAAGGCAUCACCCAGAGUAGAAGUAUACAUGCACACAUUAUGCUGUGUGGUGCUGAAAGGUAGGCCGUAAUAAGGUUUCUUGCUAAAACUAGUACAUUUGCUCUGAUAUUGGAGACACCCUUCCACACAGCGAGCUACUGUAUGAAUAUUUUUCUUCUAAUAAAUUUUUACAAAGGAAAUAAUCUUUAUGAAGUCAUUGUCGUUUGGUGGGGAAAAAAAAAGUACUAGCCCCACGUAGGAAUCAUAAUGUGAGGAUUUUAAAAAAUGACCCCUUUUGGAAGGGUUUACAGUAAAUCCCUCUAAUUCAGUAAGUCUCCAAUUUAUAGGUUCACAAAACUCUCUCUCUCACCCUUUCCCCCAGGGAUAUGUACAAAAUAUUAUUCAUGAAAAAUGUGGCAUGUAAUUUCAGAGAAUUUGAGGAUCCCCUGGAACCAAUCAAUAUCAAUUUAGAUAUUCAUAGGCCCCAGAUUAAGAACCCCUUCUCUCAUAUUUCCUUUGGGGUUAGCCAAAUUAACACAUAUACUAUCUCAAGACAAGUCUCCUUCCAGCAAAUCUCUCUCUCUUCCUCACAGAAAUGGAAAGAGCAACUCCCAGUCGUAGAAAUGCCGUCUUUGAUUAGCACACUUGGAGCUCUAUCAACCAGAUCUGAGGAUGACAGGAAUGGACAUUCCAGGAGAUGUGGGGCAUGUGCGUCAGCUCUACAGGUACCUCUUGCUCAUGCUGCAGAAGGAAAUAGCUGGCAGAAGGUCAAGGAGAGCACAUAUUUUGCAAGAGGAAGUUCCACCUUGGGAAAGAAGCCCAUGUACAAGACUGUGGUUUAUGACAUCAUCACUCCUGAUGUGCCCUGGGGUCUUUGGCUCAGCUGUCACGACACACAUUUGUCUCACAUCCUGGAUCAGCCUCUGCAAUUCCCAUCCAUGCUGAGCUGCCUCUACUGCACAUUUCAGUGGCCUCUUUCUGGAAGCCCAAAAGAUAUGAAAUAUGUGACCAGAAAAAGGACAAACUGAGGAAUUCAAGCUGUUGACAAGAUGGUAACAUAAGUGACUUGUUUAUAACCGACCCACAGAAGGCAGUCAUCACAUUAUCUUGGCCACAUGACAGGCAGCACAUCCGGAAACCACUCAUAUAAAACAUUGGCUAGAAGUUCUGUCUUAUAUAUGGACUUGAUUUUGAUGUCGGACAAAACUGUAAAAGGGUGUUUGUUGCACAGUCUGGACCAUUUAGCAUAAAUUGUCAAGGCAGCGACAUAUCAGUGGAAAGUGACCAAGAAGCCUGAUAGAAACUCCAUUCUGAUUUUAUAUGACUGUUUCCAGGAAAGAAAAAAAAAAAACAAAAAAAACUUCGCUGUGGCAAAUUCCUUCUCUAAAUAGCUCAACAUGAUUAUUUUCCAUCUUAAACCUCUGCCAUAACAAUUACAGCUCUUUCCAGUACCUUGUAAAAAAAACCAGGAUGUCACGCGCUAUCAUUUCUGGAAAUGGGUCUGCCUUUGCCUGAGCUGUAUGUGAGCAGUUUGUGGGCAGAAACCUUAUCUGAGCAGUCACCACCCUGUCUUCACUUGCAAGCAAUGGCCAAGUUGAAAGGGGACUAAUGAUGCCUCCGAGCGUGUUGCUGGUGGAGACUGGCCAACGAGAAUCGCCAGGUUCCUACAUAUUUAACAUGUCACUCCACGUUCAGCCAUAAAGGUCAGUUCUGCUGAUUGUCGAGUGGGACAACCCUCUGUUGGGACAAGCCCCAACCACUUCUAUCUCGGCUUAAUUGAAGACUUGGAAUAUGUGCAGGAACACAUUCUGCAGGCUGCUCUUUCUGUACCAACCCUUCUUGCAUUUGUACCACAAAUGUUUGCCUUUGCAGGAAAUAAUGGAGCUGGAUCGAGGUGCUUCCUGGCACGAGGAGGGGGGUCGUUGGGGCCUGUGUCACAUGAGAUCCAGGGCACAGAUGGGCUCAUGUGGCACCACCAGGAUAGUCCACUGCCAAAGCUCUCAUCUCUGGACUUGAAGCAGCAGAGUCAGUAGAAGCAAUCCUCCUGCAGUUAUCUGGCAUUUGCAUCUCGGCCAUGUCCCCUGAGGAUCUGCCAGAGGAACCAACAAUACUUUCCUGGCUACAAAAAUUGCUGACGUGGAACCAACUGGUAUAUAUAUAUAUAUAUACACCAGUUUAUAUAUAUAUAUAUAAUUUUUUUUUAACACACUAGCAUA